AUGAACAGGAAAUGAUCGGUGAUUUGCUCCAUAAACAAACAACAGUGCUUGAGAGAUUUUCAUUUAAAAUUAGAUCUAAAUUAAUUUAAAAACAUUACUAUUAUAGUAUUCACUCUUCUAAUUUAGAAUGAGUUUUUAUGACCUCACAAAGGACUCUGUUUUGAGUCCAACUGAGCUCUUCAAGUAUAGAGCAGCAAAACGUGAGUGUACAAUUCCAACAAGGGGUGGACAGAAAGACUUUGAACCUGAUGGUUCCUGGAUACAAGACAAAGCUUUACAAGUAUUCAUGCAAGAAAGGACCAAGGUCCUUGCAGAGCCCAGAGUUGAGAAACUGAAAAGCUUGGUAGAAGGCGUCUGGGACAAAGAGAAAGGACUUGUCAAUGUCAGCAAAACAGGCAAAUUCUGGGCACAUAUGGGGUUUACAGAUGAUCGUCGCCAUUGGCUGUAUCCAGAAGAAGCACUUUAUCUAAUGGAAAUAAAUACUUUAGAAGUGAAAGACAAUGGUGUGGCACUCAGUAUUCAAGAGGCUUAUAAAAAGUUUUUGGGCUCAGAUGUGACUGUUGAUGAGUAUCAAGUAUUUUCUUACCUCAGAAGAUUGGGCUAUGUUGUGCUACGUCAUGAGGAGCAGCCUUUUAUAACUCCAUACAUGAAGAAGAUCAACUUGGAUAAAUAUGUAGAUAAAAAACAGUUGAACCAGAAGAAAAGGAAGUUAAAAAACAAGGAGAAGCAGCAGAAUGGGAAGGGUGAUGAAAAGAGUGAUAAAAGAAUUAAAAUCUCCGAUUCAGCAUUGGUUUCAGACAGUGGUGUUAUCCCAGUGGAUAAGUCAUUAGAUGAAGAAGAGAAAAGCAAUGGCCGGAAUGUUGAACAUUCUGUAGGUGUAUCUGAGAGAGUAGAGGCAGAUAAAUCAACAGGAAGGUUGUCAGGCGAUGAAGAGUGCAAUAAAAAUGGAAAUGAAAAUCCUUCAACAACACCCAGCGGCGGAGAAACCUCUCCUUCCUCAUCCGCCAACACUUCGGCUGCCCCUCUCAUUAACACAUCUUCAACUGAAGCUAGUCAUUCACAUUCUCAGUUUCGUGGAUUCUAUACCAACCCAUGGACUGAGUUCUUUCUUCUGUCUUCAAAAAAGUCUCAACAAGAAUUAUCACAAGUUUCUGGCCAUGUAAAUGGCGAGGACAGUUCAGAUGUUUCAUCUGGUACCAUAGAUAAAAAAGACAAUUCAGAUAUUGCAUCUGAUAGUUUAGGUAGAAAAGACAUUUCAGAUGGUCCUUCUUGUAGCAAAGAUGAAAAAGACAUCUCAGAUGGUAUAGCUCAAGAAGAUACAGGACUAAAUUUGCCAAAUAUUGCAAAUAAAGAUAGCAUUUUACUUUCAAUCCCUCACCCAAAAUUAUUGCCAGCAGAUGUGAGCUUAGGGGAGGAUGCGCUUUCAUUUGAUGUGGGCAGAUACAGACAUUUGUAUCCACCAAGGCAGAUAACCAGGGCAGAGACAAGGGAGGAAGAAAUGCAGACUAGGGUUCAAGGGUUGAAAUUUUCCUUUCCUGAACAUAUGGCAAAUAAAACACACAUCCAGGCAACAAACUGGAAGGACUACAAAGCAAAGCUGGCAAAUAAAGACCACAAGAACAGUAACCCAGUGGCUCAUUACUGGGAAGGGGAAAUAACUCCGCUUGUACACCCAUCUGAUGCUUGGUCAAGUCAAUCCAUACUUGAUCAUCUAAGGAUAAUCGAGUCAGCUGAUAACACAAGUUUAAUUCCUGACUCUGACUGUAUGAUUGACAUUAAGAUCAGCUAUGAUGUUCACCUACCAGACAGCAGGUUUAAAAAAAGCAUGCCAGGUAUCCCCAACCACAGAGUGUGUGUCACCAAGUGUUCAUCUCAGCUCCCAGGCCUGGCAGAAAUCCAGCAGGUGUGGGCGCGCUUGAAAGACGAGGUACCACUUCACUGGGCAGUGGUGGACUCGGGGGAGAUAGCAUUUUAUGUGUUUGACAACUCCCACCGGCUGGAGACCCUGUCCUGAUCAUGUUCUUGCUCUACACUGGAAAACCAUUUUUAAAAUUUCUUCAUGCUAAAUAAAAUAGACUACAUUUUUUUAAAAAAC